CGUUGAGCAAAACGAGCCCAAACAACCUGUAAUCAGCUGUUCCGUUUUCGAGCCAUCACUGGGAACAACAAUAUCUGUUCGUGGGGGCUUUUCAUAACUUCCACAUUUCAGGCCCGGGUAGAGGACAGAUAUAGUAUUUUAGUAACAGAGGCCUUGGCGGCUCGGUAGUGGUCAUGGCUUUCCAGGCCCCGCGGAGCAGUCCCUCUUUUCCCUCCCAUCAACCAUUUGAAAACAAUCACUGGCGUGCGAGUCGAAGUCCCGGGUCUAACGGGUUGCCUGGGUAUGGGUUUUCGCCGUCUGCGACCACCACGAUCAACCUGAACGCUCCGAUUGCCGGCGAUCGCACACUCCCGAUGUAUAAAGACAAGCCGUAUUUCGCCCCGCGACGCACAGGGUCCCGAAGUCGGCGAAGGAGGACAAUCUACGGUGGAUUAUGCUUGGUUGCCCUACUCCUCUGGUGGUACUACUCGAGGCCGACCCGGUCGCAGUCGGAGACUCACGAGACUCCCGACUCAGCCAAAGGCGAGGAGCUCUGGAGUUGGCUGCAGAACUUUGACAGCGCGGAACCCACAUAUGACGGGAGCAGCGCCUUCUCGAAGAUCAUUGAUUGGGAUGCGAGGCGGGAGAAGGUUCGCGACGCGUUUAUUGUCAGCUGGGAUGGGUAUGAGCGCAAUGCCUGGGGCUACGACGAGUACCAUCCCCUUGCAAAGGACGGCCGGUAUAUGGUUGCUGGGGGUAUGGGGUGGAUAAUCGUUGAUGCGCUGGACACGUUAAUGAUAAUGAACUUGACCUCGCGGGUGCGGCACGCCCGCAGCUGGAUCCAGAACUCAUUACAGUAUAAUCAGAAUCACGAUGUCAACACUUUUGAGACUACCAUUCGCAUGCUUGGUGGUCUUCUUUCCGCUCAUUAUCUGUCUACCACAUACCCGGAUUUGGCCCCCAUCAACGACGACGAUACGGGUGCACCGGGAGAGGAUCUGUAUAUUGAGAAAGCGACCGAUCUGGCUGAUCGACUCCUGGGUGCUUUCGAAUCCACCACGGGCAUUCCUUACUCCAGCGUGAAUUUAAACACCUCCAUGGGCAUUCCCUCCUAUAUCGAUGACGGCGCCGCUUCUACCGCAGAAGCGACUACUGUUCAGCUAGAGUUUAAAUACCUAGCUAAAUUGACAGGCGAGGCGGAGUAUUGGCGGUCCGUUGAAAAGGUCAUAGAAGUUAUCGAUGCGCAGAAAAGGAAGGAUGGUCUGCUUCCAAUCUACGUUUUCCCGGAAACUGGUCAGUUCAAAGGUGACAACAUUCGUCUGGGUAGCCGAGGCGAUUCCUACUACGAAUAUCUUAUCAAGCAAUACCUGCAGACUUCGGAACAGGAGCCAAUCUACAAGGAGAUGUGGGAUGAGGCUCUAGUUGGCAUGCGCAAGCACUUGCUUACUUACUCGCAAAACGCUCGCUUGACAGUGCUUGGUGAACGGCCUCAUGGGCUCGAUGGCGUUUUGUCACCCAAGAUGGACCACUUAGUCUGUUUUCUUCCCGGAACAAUCGCUCUCGGAGCAACCGGAGGACGACCGCUUUCCGAGGCGCGCAAGUCUCCCAGCUGGGGCUUACGACAGGAGGAAGAAAUUCGUCUGGCGCGAGAAUUGACCAAAACCUGCUGGGCUAUGUAUCUAGUCACUGAAACUGGCCUUGCCCCGGAAAUCACCUAUUUCAAAGUCGACGACCCGCGAGUCAUGGAAGCAGACAUGUACCCGGAUUCAACGGCUGUCACUGGCAAUAACGACCAGCCUCUUUCAUCCCAAGGCGACCUUCCUCUUCUUUCCAAACCCUUAUAUCCCGUUACUGGGACAUCCGACCCAAAUGACCCAUCUACCAAGUCAUGGCGUGAUGACCUCGAAAUCCAGCGGAUGGACCGGCAUAACCUCCAACGGCCCGAGACAGUGGAGUCUCUCUUUUACAUGUACCGUAUCACUGGAGAUGAUACUUACCGUCAUUGGGGCUGGGAGAUGUUUAAGUCCUUCAUCAAGCACACCGCUGUCGUGGAGACCGGCACAUUCGAUGGCGAGACGGAACCGACAUCCUCAAAUACUGGGAGGUCAGGAUCAACCCGCAUCACGGGGUUCACCUCCCUGUCGAAUGCAAAAACGCUUCCUACUAGCAUCCGGGACAACAUGGAGAGUUUCUGGAUGGCGGAAACCCUAAAGUACUUUUACCUGCUGUUCUCAGAUCGGGAGUUCAUCUCAUUAGAGGAGAAUGUGUUCAACACCGAGGCACAUCCCCUGCCUCGGUUCAAACCCACCGGGGAGUUGAAGACGGGGUGGACAAGGCAGAGUCGCACGGCGGAGAGCCAGACCAUGGAGCAUCUGGCUCAAAUGUAAUUUUUCUAUCUGUUGUGGUAAUGUGCUUCGCAACUCUAUAUACUCAGGAUAUUCAAAAGAAAUCUUCACCUUCGGGCGGCUUGUAUCAU